UCCAACCGAUAUCCUGAAUUGGAUGUGUGCAGCAUGGAAGUUCAUUUCUGCGAGAUUAUAGACCUCCCUAGACCCGACACACACAGUGCCGUCCCGAACUCCUCGCUCAUUGUCGCAUGCACAGCGACCAAAUCCAAUACCUCUCGGCACACCCUUAACUCACGGCCGGUUUCGUACACCGAGGUCCAGACGGUUCUCCGGGGGCGUGGAAUCGACCUCACGCACAAGUGUUUCCUUAUCCUGCAG